GGGCGAGGUGGAUCCGCCGGAGGGCGCCUGCAUCCUGCGAGUCAAGGUCGCUGGCUCGGAUGAGCUAAUGGUGAAGAUCACGGCACUCGUACGGCGGCUGGUGUGGCUGCGGGACGAGCGACCCGACGAGAAGAGCCUGGUGUUCAGCCAGUGGCCGGAGGCGCUGCAGAUCGUGGAGCGCGGGCUGCAGCUGAACGGCAUUCGCUGCGUGACCCUCGAGAGCGGGCGGCGGGGUCGCAGCGCCGUCAAGGCGUUCCUCAACGACGAUUCCUGCCGCGUCUUCCUGCUCAGCCUGAGACAGGGCGCCGCGGGCCUCACGCUGGUUCGCGCCAACCACGUGUUCCUGCUGGAGCCCUCCCUGGACCCCGCCAUCGAGCAGCAGGCGGUGGCGCGUGUGCAUCGCAUCGGGCAGGAGCGGCCGGUGCGGGUGACGCGGCUGCUGGUGGAGGGCAGCGUGGAGGAGAAGGUCAUGAUGAUGCUGCAGGCCAAGCAGCAGCUCUUCCAUGAGGACGUCCACACCCGCCGAGCAGCCGCUGCCGCCGCCGCUGCAGCCGCAGGCCCCUCCACCUCCACAGCCGCAGCAGCAGCAGCCGGUGGCCCCGCAGCUGCCUCCUCCUCGCUGCUGCUCUCCCCCGCCCUGGUUCCGCUGCUGGAGGGCGGUGAGGGCGAGGAGGCGAGCC